AUGUCGGAAAACAUUCCGGAGUCGGUGCCGACGUCCGUCUCGAAUCGUUCCCAGCGGCCGACCAAAAAGCGCGCGCUCACUCCUUCGWCACAGCAGUCGGCGCAAGUUGAGGCGUUGUUCGCGAAUCCCGAUCGCAUCGACAAUGGCGUGGCGUUGGGACCGCGCGAGAGGCCGCUGAUGGCGCCACCAGAGGUAGUUGCCAACGUGCAAGGCUCUUCGGCAGGUGCAGGUAGCGGAGAAUUUCACGUGUACAAAGCCAGCAGACGUCGCGAGUACGAGCGCUUGCGCACCAUGGACGAAGAGGUCAAGGCCGAGGAGGCAGAGAAGGAGUUUCAACAGCGCAAGGAGGAGCGCGAGCGUCGGGACGAAGAGAAACUCAGCAAGAACCGGGCGAAGCGCGAAAAGGCAAAGCAGAGGCAGGCGAAAAAGAAGACUGGCGGCGCUGAUGGGAUGGAUGUGGAUGGCGAGGUCACCAAGGAGAACGGAACGGCUGUGAAGAAAAAGUGGGCGCCAGCAAAGACCCCUGCGAAGACGGAUGGUGGUGCCGCCGAAGAGGAAGAUGGGCAGGCUAUUCAAGAGGAAGCUGGCAUUACCAUUCACGACGACGAUUGA